AUGCCAGCCGUGGAAGUGAUGGGACCGGAGGAUGCGCAAGCACUUGAACGGCCACUCCUGAGGUCUCACAAGGCGCUUCCUCGGCGGGGCAUAACCAUUCCCAGUAUCGAAGUUAUCCAACCGGUCUCACCGGAUCAAAAUGGGACACUGAACGCGACACCUGCGCCACCCUUGACUCCUCCCAGAGGCCACGACGUGGACCGAACGGUCCGGAGGAUGGAUUCGUCCCUGUCCGACCUCACUGCUGGGAUGUUGACUCCUCGCCGCGCCUCGAAGCCCCCGACCCCCGAUGUGACUCCGCCUCGAACGCACGCAAACAAGCGGCCUUUGUUAAGCCAAUUUGUGCAUGUGUCCUCAUCAUCCCGAGCGGAAUCAUUCCAGACGGCAAAUGAGAGCAUCUCGUCGUCUGAUAUGGACAGCCCAGGGCGCUCAUCUCAGACCACGAGUCAAACCCCGAGACAAAGGAAGCCGUCAAAGCCACCUGCCGCAAAUGGGUCUCAUUCAUAUUUCACCAGCGCCAGAGAAUCCCCGCUGGUUUCCCAGCAGCCUAGUGAUACCGAAAACGAAACUGGAUUCGAGACUUUUGAUGGAGAUUGGACUGUGAACACGAUGGACGGCUCUCCCAUACCCGUUGGGAAGCGAAAGUCCGCACGGAAAUAUCCACAACUGAACGACCAGCCAAAUCUCGUCCAGAAUGGAUUGGACGUGAAACACUUGGAUGCCUCUUUGAUGCGGGAGAAGAAGCUGCGUGAUCGAGUUCAUGAUGCUCAUGAACUGACGACUAGCUCAUCCAUGGAGCGAUUCCGUGAACAAAUCGGCUGGCCAUCACCAGAGGGCGCAACUAAGAACGGUGACUCUGUACCUCGUCCUUUGUCCGUUAUCUCGUCAACAUCGACUGUCUCGGCAAUGAUCAUUGACUCGCCCAAACGAGCUCAGCGAAUGCUUCGCCAUACCGAAAAACGAAGCUCGUUGCGAUCUGCCAGCUCCCCGAUCACCCACUCCGAGCGUACCUCGUAUGGAUCCCUUCCAGAAUCGCAACAUCGUCUGGUCCAUAAGCCCACUCGCAUCUCUGAGCAGGGCCGUCGAAGCGCAUCGUCAUUCUCGGCCAAGACUAAUAAUAGCGCAACAACACCCGCCAUCGAAACCAUCAAGGUGGUUGUUAUACCGGAGCGUAGUUCGUCCCUCAACUCAGGUCGCAACAGCUUUGUGUCUUCCAAGCCGGGCUCUCAACGAUCGAGCCGUCGUCCCCCAACUACCUCAACCGGUCAUGUAGAUGCCCCGAGACAGAAGAAACGUACCAUGUCAGACUCGGUGUCUACACACUCUCGCGCGACUGAUUCCAGAAGUCGUUCUAUCGGGCGACCUGUCAUUCCACCUCGGAGCUCAUCGCUUUCUGCGCCAACGAGUCGGAACAAUUCUCGCGCCACAUCUCUUACAUCGGCCAGUCUGCAAAGUCACAAUCUAGCCAUGGAUCUUGAAAUCAAAAAGCGUCGCGAUCAGCAGCCAGUGUCUCCGCCUCGCCAUAAUGUCCUGUCCUAUGACCCUAGCGAUUUUCUCGAGGUUCCCAACAUGCAUGCAUUUGCAACCGCUGACGAUAUGACCCUGCAUCCCCCCUCGCUGCCGUUCACCGGAGGAUCAAUCCCGUCGUCUUCGCCAGGGCCAAUAGAAAUACAGGAGGCUACAGCUGUCAGCUUGUUCGCACACAACAACCAUUCUCUGCUACUGGUUGAUCCCAGAAUGCUGUCGACCAGAUCCCACCUCCAUGGGUUUGGGAUCUCGAGCGGUCCAGUUAAUCCUCGCACACCAGACAAUCCAAUUCAGCCAGGAAUGAUGACAGUCGAUUCCCCGUUGAAGAACCCUCGUCCUCCACCCAAGCCACCAGUCGCGAAGCCACUUCCUCCGAUUCCCUUGCAAGAGGGUCUCAAUGGCGCAGAUGAAAACAAAGGCCUCAACCGACGAUGGAGCUCAGUACGUCGCACCUGGAACUCUCGCCCACGGUCCGAAUCUUUCAACACCCUAGCCCGAUCAUUCUCCAUGAAAUCAGCAAAGAACCGAACAACCGGGGUAGAAAUGGACAGCCGCCUAUACCCCUUCUGGCGACCUCGCCCAUUCUGGGAAGGCGUAUCUGAUUCCCCCAAGAAAAGCGGCUCGCCAACCCGCCAACUUCCCCAGACUCCAGCCGACUCCUUGGUAGUAAACAACACCCUCGGCCUACCCCAACAGCGAAUCAUCUUCGACGGCCCUCCCGCGUACGCGCGCCGCAGCCCAGAAAUGAAGCGCCUGUUCAACGGAAUGACCAGCAACGGCAGUCUAGUCGAUCCAGGCAUGUUCCGCACCGGGUCACCUCUGCACCCAUCUCGCUUCCAAGCCCUUUCCCGCUGGGGCCUGCGCGUCCAGUCGAUGUCCUGGCGUAACAUGCGCAAUAGACUCCGACGCCUGCGCCAACGCCGCGAGGAGCGCAAACGCGCCGCGAGGAGAGAAACCCUCAAGCAGAGUAUCGGUGUCCCUGUCUAUGUAGCAUCCAGUGCUACUACCGGUAUUGCUGGGAGGUAA